AUGCAAACAAAUAUACCUAUUAGGUUGCAGAUUCACCAAGAGGGAAGGGUCCACAGGAUUCAGGUCAGAACCCUAUUUGAUGGUGGGGUGAAACAAAAUGAAAUAAAAGAAACUCUUUUGACUGCGGUGUGCCAAAAGUGUUGCCAGCAAAAUCAAAAAAGAAUACAAGAUAUAGCUAAGAAUUACUCUACUCAGUUUCGUAGAAGAUGGCUUGCAGUAAAUAGAACUAAGCAUGUUUUUUUCAGCAAAAAUGAAAAUUGGUUGAAGAAGUUUUUGUUUUUGAACUGCAUUUCUGGCAAGCAUCCUGAUGGUGUUGGAAGACCAAAAUUAGAAUUUGAACAGCUCACCUACAGCGGUAAAUUUCGAAGAACUGAAAAUUUAAGAAAAUCAGAUAGUAAUGAACUUCUGUUUGCAGUUCAGAUGAACUUGAAAGCCAAUGGCAAAAAAACGACCGCUAAAAGUAUUCGCAACCUUGUUCAGAAAAAUAAUAUUCCGAACGAACCUGAUGGCAGUAAAAGCCAAUUGAGCAGUGAAAGAGCCCUGGCUUUGACAGUGGAUGCUAGAUUAUCUAAAAGACAGUAUCAAGAGUUAAGAAAUAUAGCAAAGGAAAAUAACUCCAAUCUCUAUCCUCCAUAUAACCAAAUUAGAGAAGCCAAAAAGUUGUGCUAUCCUAACGAUAUUACAGCCACUGACCAUUCUGUCUCCGUGAAACUUCAGUCAUUACUGGAUCAUACGACUUGUAGAUUACUUUCAACUCUAGAAUUGGAUGGUUUUAAAAGCUUGAAGAAAUGUGAAUUAAUUAUGAUUUCAAAAUGGGGUAUGGAUGGUAGUUCUGGCCAAAAAGAGUACAGGCAGGCUUUUGAAAGUAAUUAUUCAGAUAAAAAUUUACUUUUGACAUGUUUGGUUCCACUGCAGAUAUACACUUGGAAUAAAAAAAAUGAAAAGAUUUUAAUUUGGAAUAAUCCUAUGCCUUCAUCCACAAGGUAUUGCAGACCAUGUAAAAUACAAUUUUUAAAAGAAAAUAUUGAAGUAUCAAAAAGCGAAUAUGCCGUUAUGCAAGCCGAAAUUGACAAUUUAAUGCCAACAAAGUUUCUAAUAAAUAAACAUCAUUAUAAUAUAAAACAUGAACUUUACAUGACAAUGAUCGACACAAAAAUGAUAAAUUCUUUAACUGAUACUUCGUCGCAAAAAUGCUAUUUAUGCGGGGCUGCACCAAAUGAAAUGAACGACAUAGAAAAGGUCUCUAAAAAACCUAUAAAAGAUGAAUAUCUAAAAUUCGGGAUCACAUCUCUCCACAUUUGGAUACGAUCCUUUGAAUGA